GAUAAUAUGAAAAGACUGAACAUCUACAAUGGUAAUACGUUGAUUCACCAAGAGAGAUAGUAUAAAUACGGGCUUUCUUGCAAGGGAAUUCAGGAUUCGUGUACAAGUAAUGAAGUCAUCCAUCUUUGCUCUACUCAUCCGAGCGUUUUGUAUAAUCCAACUUCUAAGCACGUGUUGUGCUUACAGCGAUAAAGCAGUUUUGGGCGCGAAAUUGCAACGCCAUGUGCGAGCAAACUCGGGGAAAGGAACCGAAAAGAAUGAAAGAGGAGAUAGACUGUCGGAAGAUAUGAAGAAACAGAUGAAAAAGAUCGAUGCGUUGGAGGAUAUAUUUAUAGGAUUAUCAGGAUCCACUGGUGGUAAAAGGACUGGAACAAAGGAAGCAAGAAGAUCAUCGAUGGACGACACGAUGGCGUUAGAUGAAGAUCUUAUUAAAUAUGGCGAUUUUAGAAUGAAGAGAAAUAUUGGAGACACAGCAGAUGACAGCACGCGUGAUGAAACAGUCAAAAAGAAGAAUGGUCUUUUGAUCAAGAAAAAACUAAGAAAUAAAACCAAAUUCGUUAAAAAACCACAAGCGUCAGAGGUUGCUCACGGUAAUGAAAAAAAUGAUGCAAGCAAUGAUCUGAUGGGAGGUACAGGAGCAAUCGAAGAUGAUAUUGAAGAAACUCGAGAUGAUGAAGAAAAGAAUAACAAAGAGACUAAAAGCCUAGAGAAAAAUGACAAAAGCGCAAACAAAGAUAAGCUUGAAGAGAAUUCUGAUGACAAUGAUAUGGAAAAUCCUGAGAGCAGUGACACGGUUAAUCAUGAUGACAAACAUUCAGAGAUAAAAACCAAAGAUUUCAGUAAGAUAGACGAUGCGAUUAGUAAAGAAGAUGAUAGUAAGACAGAGCUUAAUAAAGAAAGACAACAAUGAAGUGACGACAGAAUGAUGAAGAU